AUGGUUCUGGCAGGCCCAGAAGUGCUGGCCAUUCUUCCCCAGCCCUGCCCUGCUCCCUCCACUAUCCCUUACUUGGUGAGGGGCAGACACCUCUGUCCAGCACCCUUCCUGGGUCCUGGGGCUCUCCUAGUGUGGAUAGCGGACUUCCUUCCUUCCUUCCUUCCUUCCUUCCUUCCUAUGCCUUUGGGGCUAAGGCCUCUACCCUUGAAUCCUGAGGACUGUGCAGAGAAUGGACCUUUGGGACUUCUCAGGACAUUAACAAUUUGUACACUGCAGGUUGACUUAAUUUAUUUAUUUUGUGAAAAAGAAGAGACGGAAAAAUAUUUUAUUAUUUGCAGGGACUCAAAGCUGUACCCAAAUCAAGAAAGACAACAGUAA